AUGCUUUCCCCGUUAUUGGAAACCUUUGAAUCUCUUCUGCAAACGAACAACCUUCGGCAAGAUGAUUUGAUUCAAAUCAUCCAAAAGAUUAAAGAAACUAUCUCGAAUAAUAAUAAUGAUGAUUGUGAUCAUUUGUUGCUUUCUCGAGCCUUGACUUUACUGGUCAUAUCCUACAAGCACAUAUGGAUACUGUUGGUCUUGGCGCGGUCGGUUGAUUGUUUCAGAGAGAUGAUGCGAUUGAAGUGGCAGGAAAUCAUGGAAUCAACGGAAUUAUUUGUAUCAGGACUUCAAGCAGUGCAAUCGUUGUCCGAGAGCAUUGAAACAGAAUUAUGUAAAGUCGCCAAUGAUAUCGUCGACGACAUCGAUGGCAUAUCGACGAUCAUCAAAAUCCAUGUGUCAUGUCUGCAUUUGCUGGGCGACGUCUUGCAGAUAUUACGCAAAGGGACGAGCAGCUGUGGUGGUGACACCUUUAUACCUAUCGAAUUCCUCAUUAAGCGACGACAAGGAUAUGAAUUAAACGCGCUCUCCAGUCUUUGUUCAUGUGCUCUCAAAACAGUUUAUUGUACAUUUAUGAUCACCAAGCUUCCGGCGAUAGCACUCAAGUUUUCCAAGGAUUGCGAGUCGCGGCAACUGAUCUCUACGUGGUGCAAAGGGGCCCAUGAUGCGCUGGGCGAUUUUCUAAAAUUUAUCGACGAGAAUUUGUUGACAUUUAAGAAUGCCGAGCUCGAAUUAAACGAAAAACUCGCGCUGAAAAUUUCCGACGGUAUGCUGGUCUGA